AUGUCUGUAGCAUUAUCAUCGCAACCUGCCUGUUGUAGUACAUUCAUGGCAAAUAAUAAUGACCACCGUGCUUGUAGCAAUUGUUUUAACGAAAAACCAGCUGAUGUACGAGCAAGUAGUAAAAAAUUACUUUUGGUAUUGGCCGCUAAACAAGCAAUUAGUAUGACUAUAGCAUCAUUACAAACCAGUUGA